UAUGAUUUAGCUCUUGUUGAUCUCUAUUUAAUUUCUUAUUAUUAAUAUCGUAUCUAGAAGAAUGUACCGGGCCUGUGUCGAUGGUUUAAUUCACACCAUGGAAUUUGUGACUUCAUUGAAGAACAGACACACAGCCCGCAUGCCGUUUAUUGUUCUAAGGCAUGGGAUAAAAUGUGCAAUUUGGGAUAAAAUGUGCAAUUUCGGAUAAUAUUCUCACCAAUAAAAAGUAAAAUAAUAACUCUCACUAUCUUUGGAGUCUGAAGAUGAAAUAUAGUGGUCUUGUUGAUUGCUUGACUAUUUGUUCAAUUCUACCAUUGAUCAUCCUUUUUUUAGGGUCAGCAAUGCUGGAAUAAUGAGUGUUUGUUGUUUAGUUUUACUGUUCGUUAUUUUUAUAUGACAGUGGGUAUCAGGCAUAUGAUUUCUGCUUCAAUUAGAAAGAAUCAUGUAUGUGUUGGUAGUUGAUAUGAUGCAGGAGGACCAUUAAUUGGGUGUUUUAUUAGUUAGUCUAUUAUCAUGUCUAUUUUAACUAAGUUUAUUUGUGUUUUCAUAGUAAGGGUAUUGUCGGAAUUUCCAGGAGUACUGGAAUUUCGAAUUUAUUACUACUUAUUUGUUUUGAGAAUCUUUUAUUAGGUUAUUUUGUUAAGUCAACUCAUUGUUUUUUUUGAAAGGAAAUAAGUUUAUUCAAAGGCAUCAAGAAAGUGCACCAAAUUACAGGGAGGCAAUACAAAUAGCCUAAAGAAGGCUGUUGCAGGAAAACCAAAGCUUUAAAGUAGAAGAAAUACAUUCAGUAAUAACAUUAACAGAAGAUUCCAUAUUGUCAAAGGUCCUCCUAUUCCUUUCAUUCCAUAAGCACCAAAGUGUUAAGUCAACUCAUUGUUAGAAUUGGAGUCUUAUUAGUUUUCUUUUUUAGGAAUGCUAGUUUUAUUUGAAGGAAGUUUUUAUGUUAUUAGGAUUAUUAGGAGUCUAUAUAUAUGGAUGUAAGUCAUGAAUGAAUAAUAAUGAAGAGUUUUUAUAGAAAAUUACAAGAGGAGAGAUUCCUUACACACUCGGUGAGAGGCUGAGAGGGGAAGGUGAGUUUAUCCAAUCCUACCUGAGAGUUUUAGGAUUUCAACUUAGAAGUUUAAGUUUCUAUUCUUCUUGUUUGCUGAAAGUUCUGUUUCAGUUUCAAUAAAUCAAGGAAUUGAGAAUUUUUUUCCUAGGGUUCUUAAUUUUUUGGGUUCAAUUUGGGGGUUAGGGUUUUAGUUGCUCAAUCCUAAACAAAUUCUACAUCAGUAGUUUCAAAAACUACAUCAUGAUAUUUAAGUAACUAUUUUUCUGUCCUAGAAUAUUGUAGUCUGAAUAUUGCAUAUAAUAACUAAGUUGGUGUUCGUUAUAUGCCUUUCUCUGGACGUGUCAUUGUGUCACGACUUACUGUCUUUGUGUGUGUGUCUAUCUUUUUUUCUCGCCCUCUCUCUGUCUAUUUAUCAGUUCUGCGGAUGGAGCAAGCUGUUGAAAAGUUUAUUCGUGAUCCUAAUCAGCAGCAGUUAGAGUUUCCACAACUGCCUACUUCAUAUUUACGGUUGGCCGCACACCGCGUGGCACAGCAUUACUCACUACAUUCUAUGGUUUUAUCAGAUAAUAAUCUAUCUGACAGUUCUGGUUCUAGAAUUAUUGUCUGCAAGACUUCGGAGUGUAGGCUUCCUCUGAUUCGCCUGGCUGACAUCCCUGUAAAUUUCCCGUCUGAAGAUGGUGGUGUUGUCAAGGUUGCAAUUAAACAAAGGCCACAGAAACAAUCACAAACUUUCAGCAACUCAAACUCAAAUUCUUCGAAGAAAAACAAUUCCAGAAGUGUCGAGGAAAGAAAAGAGGAGUAUAAUCGGGCUCGUGCUCGGAUAUUUAACUCCAGUAAUUCUAGUGGUGGCAGUGGAAAACUGGAAGUUGAACCAAAGUUGCCAGAUACUUCUCAGCAUAGUUCCUUGGGGAUAUCGAGGUUGGAAGAAAAGCCCUCUUCUGGGUUACCUGAUGUGAAUUUGGGGAGGUGCUUGAUUGAAUCUCCUACAAGUAGUAGUAGAUUGACUAGAGGUAGGUCUGAGAUGGAACCUGUCAGCAGGUACAAACCAAAUAAUAGGGUGGCUAUUUUUCGUGACCGUGAAGUUGAGCGCAAGGAUCCUGAUUAUGACAGGAGCUAUGAUAGGUAUUCGCAAAGAUUUGACCCUGGACUUGGAUUUAGUGGAGGGUCAUAUACCAUGCAGCCUAUGUACACCCCCGCGGUAACCUAUAACACUGAAUUUCCACAACUUGGAUCGACCCAUAGACCUCAAAUAUCAGUGGAACAUCAGUCACGGCCACUCCCUCAACAUUUAGCUGGCCCUUGGACUGCCCCAUCAUCUCCUGCCGGAAUUGGCUAUGGUCAUCCAGAAACCAUAAUGACGUCGUUUAAUCCGAAUCAUGUUGGUUCACGCACCGCAUCGGCAAUAUAUCUGCAUUCCUCACAGUAUCCUUGUCAACAUCCUGGAUUGCCUUACAUCCAUCAUGAACAUGUUCACCCUCCUUUUUCACAGUCUCAUCAACAGCAACCUGAUGCAAGUUUCGGAUUGGCCCGGUUCCGUUGAGGGGCUUGGGCCAUGCCUGCACCAUGCCAGCGGGAAGGUUAAAGUAUGAUUGAUGCACUAUCUGUGAUUGUCAACUGGCAUGGGUGCAGGCAUUGAGAGCCGAGGUGGACUGGCGUGAUGUAUUGCUCUAAUGGACAAUGGAAUUGAUCCAUUCCACCAUACUUGGCUCUAAGCUUCUUCGCAUAUUUGGGACAAUGGUGAAGAAGCACAAGGGUUUAGCAGAUCCUUUGUUUUGUCAGAGCUGUGUGCUCUGUUUCCAUAAUGAUGACGAUGAUGAAGAAUGAAACCUGAAAGAAUUAGCAGAGCUGGUAAUGUAGAUCUCACCACAAAUGAAGCAUCGUGAGGAGCCAAAAAAUGCUUUUUACAGUGUCGCGAGGAGCCAAAGUAUGCUUUUGAAGAAUUAAUCUGUAAUGUCUGGCAAUUCACAUUUGGCUUUUGGGAAUUUUGGCAUACGAUAGUCGCCCUCCUUACAAAGCUAUUUGUUGUUGGUUAUUAUCCCUUCUCAUGAAUAUCAGCGUGCAUUAGAAGAAAAUGAAGCAGUAGCUCCUCAUGUACCAUAGCAAGUCUAUUUUGGACUGUAAUAGUUAUUUAUUCCAUCGGUGCUCAUGAUUUGUGUUAUCAGUCCCUUCAGUUCUCUGAACAUACUCUCUCCUAAUUGCAUGAACGGCAGAUUUCUGCAUAUUGCUAUGCUAUUUCUGUUGCUUUGCGUG